AUGGCUUCCGAUAUCCCCAAGGUCGUCCCUCUGACUUGUCACGGGCACUCGCGUCCCGUGACUCACUUGAGUUUCUCCUCGACUGUGGAGGAGGACCAGUAUUAUUUAAUCUCAGCCUGCAAAGAUAACAACCCAAUGCUCCGGGAUGGUAUCACCGGUGACUGGAUUGGCACAUUCCUCGGCCACAAAGGCGCCGUCUGGCAAGCCCGGCUCUCCGCGGACGCCGCCAUCGCCGCAACAGCAGCCGCAGAUUUCUCCGCCAAGGUAUGGGACACUUACACCGGCGAAUGUCUGCACACGCUGCAACAUGCACACAUCGUGCGCGCAAUCGCCUUCCCCAUCCAAGCAAACCCGCAAGUCCUCGCCACCGGCGGCGCAGAGAAGAAGCUCCGCAUCUUCGAUCUGACCCGCGGCAACGGCAGCGGCGGCGGUGGUACCAGUAGCAACGGCUCCUCGCCCCCACUGCCUACCCCCAGCAGCAGCGGGAGUCCCAUCCAGAGCGGAGGGGAUGUGACGAGCUACGAGAUCGGCCCCGGCGUGCACGGCGGCACGAUCAAGUCUAUCGUCUGGAACCAGGAUUACAAUAUCGUGACUACGGCUGCGGAGGAUCGUAAGAUUCGCUGGUGGGAUCUGCGGUCUAGACAUCCUGUCAAGGAGUAUGCCGUUGAUGGGACGAUUGGGUCGUGCGAGUUGAAUAGUCUCGCCGUGCGGCCUAAUGAUCCCGGUAUUUUGACUGUGGCCGCGGGCAAGAGUGUUUAUCUCUUUGAUGCCGUGCAGCCGGGACGGCUCUUGAAGAAGGCCGAUUUCGGAUACGAGGUUGCUAGUGCCGCGGUUAACAGUGACUCGGGCCGUUUGGUUACUGGUAGUGCGAAUGAUACGUGGGCACGGGUUUAUGACCUGCACACGGACGAGGAGUUGGAUGUGCAAAAGGGUCACCACGGACCUAUCUGGUCUGUGAGCUUCUCGCCUGAUGGAAAGCUGUACGGCACUGGUAGCGAGGACGGUACUGUGAAGCUGUGGAAGGCAUGUCGGGAACCGUACGGGUUGUGGCGAUGA